AUGCAGGCUCGCUACUCCGUGUCGGCGGAUCCCAAUGCCCUGGGAGUAGUGCCGUACUUGAGCGAGCAGAAUUACUACCGGGCGGCGGGUACCUACGGCAGCAUGGCUAGCCCCAUGAGUGUCUACUCGGGCCACCCCGACCAGUACGGGGCUGGCAUGGGCCGCUCCUACGGGCCUUACCACCACCACCAGCCUACUGCGCCCAAGGACUUGGUGAAACCGCCUUAUAGCUAUAUCGCGCUCAUUACCAUGGCCAUCCAGAACGCUCCAGAAAAGAAGAUCACCCUGAAUGGCAUUUAUCAGUUCAUUAUGGACCGCUUCCCUUUCUACCGGGAGAACAAACAGGGUUGGCAGAACAGCAUCCGUCACAACCUCUCGCUCAAUGAAUGCUUCGUCAAGGUGCCCCGGGACGACAAGAAGCCGGGCAAGGGCAGCUACUGGACCCUGGACCCGGACUCCUACAACAUGUUUGAGAACGGCAGUUUCCUACGGCGGCGGCGGCGCUUCAAAAAGAAGGACGUGCCCAAGGAGAAGGAGGAGCGGGGGCACCUCAAGGAACCGCCCCCCCAAGCGCCCAAAAGCUCUGCUGCCCAUGCUGGAGCCCCUCUCUCCAGCUCCGACACCCCCAAGGAGGUCGAGAAGAAGGUGGUGAUCAAAAGCGAGGCCUCGUCGCCCGACCUGCCCGUCAUCACCAAGGUGGAGACGCUGAGUCCGGAGAGUGGCAGCGCGCUUCGGGACAGCCCCCGCAGCGUGGCCUCCACGCCGUCAGGCUCCACCGAGGGCUCGCUGCCCGACCACCAUCCGUCGGGAAACGGACUUUCGGGCUUCAGCGUAGAAAACAUCAUGACCCUGAGAACUUCGCCCCCCGGAGGGGAUCUGAGCCCGGUGUCCGGCAGGACGGGACUGGUGGUGUCCUCGCUAGCGCUGCCCUAUGGUCAGGCGCCCCCGGCAGCCUACAGCCAGUCCUGUCCCCAGGGCGUGGACACAGGAGGGAGCUACCAGUGCAGCAUGCGGGCCAUGAGCCUCUACACGGGAGGGGAGAGGCCGUCGCCCAUGUGCGGCCCGGCAGUCUUGGAGGAGGCCAUGUCUGACCACCCCAAUGGCACCACGUCCCCCCUAAGCACACUCGGUCUCGCGGCUAGCCAGGAGGGCGCGCUAGCCGGCUCUGGCCACCACCACCCCCAGCACCACCCUCACCACGGGCACCCGCAGCCGCCACCGCCACCGCCGCCUCCACCACCUCAGCAACCCCCGCCCCAAACCGGCGCGGCCGCAAGUCAGGCGGCUUCUUGGUAUCUGAACCACAGCGGGGAACUGAACCACCUCCCCGGUCACACGUUUGCAGCCCAGCAGCAGACUUUCCCCAACGUCCGGGAGAUGUUCAACUCCCAUCGGCUGGGAAUCGAAAGUUCGGCCCUCGGCGAGCACCAGGUGAGCAGCAACACGAGCUGUCAGCUCCCAUAUCGAUCCACGCCCUCCAUAUACCGCCACACCAACCCCUAUUCCUAUGACUGUACUAAAUACUGA